AUGGUGGGACUGCCGUUGGCUGUGUGGGCCCUCUGUGUGGUGGGGGCCCUGUCCCAGUGUCCCGAGCCGAGCGUCCUGCGAGACGUGAACGGGGUGAGGGUGUGCGCCCGUUUCUACCGGGACAGCCACACGCUGUACGAUCAGUGCUGUGGCGGUGGCUACUUCGACGUCAAGUAUCCAGCUGACGUCCCGUCCAUCCAGAAAUACUGGGACGACCGUGUCUCCUCGCUGGUGGUGGGACCCCGAUGUCAACUCACCGUGUGGGACAAGAAGAACAAGGAAGGCCACCGGAGAACAUUCCGUACUGGAGUGCAGUUCCGACUGGAGGAAGUUUCCAGGGGAUUUUUCGGGAACUGGGACAACUCCAUCAGCUCCUACUACUGUGAAUGCUCCUGA